AUGGAUCCAGCGCUCGUGAGGGUGAUUCCCCGCAGACCCGGUAGAUCCGGAAUCACCGGCCCUCAAGUGGCGCAAAUGGUCGUGACUACGAUCGGUGUUUUUCCAAGUGUGUUGGGCAUUAUGGGGCUCGGCGGAGCUGCUCUUUCGGGCCCUUUGCCUGGCCUCACCAUUGGACCGCGGUUUGGUUGGCCUCCUGCAGAAUCUUGGAAAAAGGGAGGGACGCAACUGUUGCUGAUUCGCUUGUGUCAUAUCAAAACGCCUCACCUCAUACAUCUUGAAGCCUCGGGCGCCUGCCGUAGGCGCAAGGCUCGGCAUCAUGGCUAUCACAAUACCAACACUUUGUAG